UUCUCGCCAUAUGGCGGUGAUGAAUCCGGUCAUCGCCACUGAGAUUUACAUCGCCGUCUGCCGCUGCGCGAUGUUGCUGUCGGCGAGGAGCGGCGCCGAGGUGGAGCAGGUGCAGGCGGAUCUGUGUCGGUUGCUGCCCUACCUGCGCCAGUCGCUUUCCUGCGUCGUGUGUGGUAACCUACUGAAAAAUCCAGUUGGUCCAAAAAAGUCAGCCUGCCAACAUUUUGUAUGUAAAAGUUGUACAGGGCAGAAAAUGCAAAUGAAGCCUUCCUGCAGUUGGUGCAAAGACUAUGGAACAUUUGUGGAAAAUGAGCAACUUCAUAUUCUUCUAACUUGUUAUAAGAAACUUUGUGACUACAUAGCUAGCUGUGCCAUAUUGGAGAAUAUUUCAGAAAAAUACACCUCACCAGUUAACCUAAAUAUUUUGUUGGAAGAGGCCAUGAUGUUGGUUCAUGGUGAAAUGGAGUCCAGUGUGUUGUGUUGCACAGAUAAAGCUAUGAAAAUAAUAAAUAAAUUGACUCCACUCCAGGUUGUACAAGUACAGGUGGUGCAAAAAUCUUUUGCCUCCAAUCAACCAACUGAUCUUGCUGAUGCCAAUAUAAAAGACAGGAAGAAAGUGGCUAGUGUCUUUAGUAGAAAGAUUUGCAAACAAAGUAUGUCACAGACAAAUGAUGGAUGUAGUAUGAAGAAUACUGAGGAUAAACGUAUAAUUCAAGCAUCCACUGAGCAGAUUCCUGUAUCUCACAUACCACCAUCUGACAAAAGUUCCUUCAACUUGAACAAGCCUACUGACAACAGACACAGCAGUGUCGCUGAAAGGUUGAAGAAUAUGGUGAAAAGUUACAAUGCUAAGUACAAAACUGUAAAGAGGUUAGGCAAUCAAGAAUGUGCUAGUUCAGUGAAAUCUAUGUGCAAAAAGUCAAAAGGGAAACCUGGGUGUAAAUGUGGCCGUGCAGCAUGUGCCCCCAGCGUUCUCACUUGCAGGGGACAGAGGUGCCCUUGUUAUGCGAAUCGUAGGUCUUGUCUAGACUGUAUCUGCUGUGGAUGUAACAAUUCCUACAUGGAAAAUGGUACAAAGAAAUUAGAGUCCUUUGCAGUUCCAGAGAUAGCUCAUAAGCAGAGCAGAUUAUUGAAGAGUGUUGGUAGUUCAGUUCCAAUAGGCCAUGCAAAACAAAUGUAAUUUUAAAUAAUGAAUAUGUUACCAUAAGUUAUCAAACAGUUGUGCAAGUCUUGAAAGGUUUCAAUUUGGUUUCAAAAAGGACAGCCAAAAUUUUGAAUGCACCUAGAGAGCAAACAGUUUUGUACUGUAACCUUGUUAAGUGAUUUAUUAUUGUCAUCUUGGUUUGAAGAAUUUCUGCUACCCUUUUCUAUGGUCUAGUACACAAUCCUUACCCUUUCUCCCAUUCCAGAACAGCUUGCUGAUUUUUUAAAAUAAUAGAAGGAAGCAGAAUUGUUUCCUUGACAAAGAGAACUUGAUGGCUUUUGUUCAACUCCUCAGAUGAAGCUUCAUUCAAUAUGGAGAAGGGUAAACUAAAGAAGAACAGAGGUAAACAGGAAAUUUGGGGAAAUCAAAUAAAAAUAUAAUGACAGAUAUGGGUAAUGGAAUGAGAAAACAGAAGUAAUUUGUACAACAAAGGCUAAAGAUUUUCUAUAUUAAAAUGGAACACAUGCAAAAUCUGGCAGUUUCGAUAUACCAUCAUCCUGUUACUUUAGAAGGAUGGACCCACUUGCCAAUAUACUUGAGUUAACCAAUUUGGUGAAAUUCUUUUGCAAGACAGUCCUAGUACCAAUGUACAGUGUACUUUAAGAAUGAAAAAAUCUUUAAAAAAAAGGUUUGAAAAAUUCUAAGGGAAGUUUAGAAUUGUUCUGUUUUUCACAAAUAUUUGCUCUAACCCUCCUGAAACUAUGAUGUGUUAUUGGUCAUUUACAUAUGAGUGCUCCCAUCUUUGGAGUAGGUUCUACUGUUGUGAAAAUUAUGGUGUUCUGUUGCAUACAAGAGGAAUUUUCAUCUUUAGGUAUCCAUUUAAAAUCAACCAAAGAAAAGUAAAUUAAUUUUAGAGUCACUUUUGACAUUUUUCAGGAGGAUCUUGCUAAUAGGUAACAUCUUCUGUUUACUUUGUGCGCUUUUGAACAACAAUAGAAACUUCAGGUUUUUAAAGUAAUCCAGUUGUGUUUUGUUUAUAUAAAAAUAAACCUUUUCAAAAAACAGUGAAGGAGAGUAAAGAGGUGUAAGGGUUUUCAAGACUGAUGCAUUGAUAUUAUAAUUUUGAUGUUAAAAUAAUGCCAGUAUACUGAUGUAGUUUAAGACCUUAUGACCAAAUUAGUGUGGUAAAACUGCUGAAGCCAAAAUAUCAAACUACCUCCAGUGAAACCUAUAAAAAUAGGUCGUCCGAUGCUCAAGUAGCUCUUUGGCUCCGAUUUAACAGGUGAAGCUCCUAAACGACCCAUAAUUUGAUGUGUAUCAUGUCACACAAAUUCAUAUUACUUCCAAGAUGUUCCAGUUUUCUUGAAAACUUGUACACUCUUGCAUGCAAAUUCACAUUUUUAUACUUGUUCAUUUGCAGCAUUCUUUAAGGUCUUGAGUUUACAGUAAGGUUACUGCUAUAGACAUUUAUGAUCCUUUCAGUGGUAAACAUGAAGCAGAAAAGCUCGGGUUUUAAUCAUUCAGAUUCCCCAGAAUCUCAAUUAGUAUAUCUUCUGAGCCAAUAAUUUUCAAAAACAUUUUAAGAAAAAGAGCUUAGAAGUUCCGUUGUGUAACUUUUUUAAAAAAAAGUAGUGAUACCAACAGUCCCUUUUGAAACUUCUGUUUUUCUUUGCCUGCCUCAGUGUUUUUUUGUUAGGAGAGGUUAAUUUUUAUAAUUAUCAACACUGCUGGAGUUAUUGAACUUCCUCAUAUAAAGGAAUUGAACUAAUAGGGAUGCCACAUUAAUACAGUGAGUGCUUCAGCUACAGUCUCACCUAAAAUUUGUAAAUCAGUUCAUCAUCUUGACGCAUUAUCAUAGAUGUUAGCAUGUAAGUCAACCUUUGAGGCCUCGAAAAAUCCCUCCAAAAAUGGGGGUUGGCUUAUACACCCAGUAAAAAAUGGUAAAUGGUGGUUGUAGGUGAUUGGCAUUUUGAAAUGUCAUCAGUGGAAUGGGCGUAUCAAAUUCCUGUGCUUCUUCACAACGCAGCCUGUAAAUCCUGCUUAAUCCCUUGCAACACAGUUAUCAGGUGCUGGUAAGUAAAAUUUGUGUUUGUGGGUGAAAAAUUAAAUCUGACUACUAAUCCAAGUAUCGCAUGUUGUGGCUGAAAAGAUGGUCAACUUAUAUGCUGAACAUAUGUUAAAAACAUUAUUUUUGAGUCUGCAGAAAUGGGUCAUUUUAUAUGCCGGGUCGACUUACACUCUGUGGUUUAUGGUAGUUUUGAUUAUUCCUUCAAGCCAAUUCCUUUCAAUGAUUUUUUCCAAUUUUCAAAACCCAUUGAAAGGAAAUCAGCAAAGAGAGGUGAAAGAAUGCUGAAGCUGAAUGUAGUUCUUUCCAACUUCUGGAUUUUUGAAAGGGUUCUGAUGAGAUUUCCUCUAUGAAUUUAUCUGAUGCAAAAUAAGUUGUUGAACCUUAUUGACAGCAAUAAAACAUCUGUUUCAAUG